CGCUCCUCCGACAUGGAGGACGUUGCUUUUUCCGAUUUUUGUCCAAUCGCGCGUAUCGUAUUUAAACGCGAGAUGAAAGUGCGAAAAAAGUGAGGAUUAUCGGAACGGGAGAUGCACACAAUCGAUUUCCCCUCCGGACAAUUCGAGUAAAACGGAACGUAGCGGAGCUACGUAGAAGGGGAAUUUCCUUUCCCUCUUUCGAGGAACCGAGAGAUUCAUUGCUCGCACACAACACGUCGUCGUAGUCCGUCGCACGGUGCGAUAUUGGCGCGCGUUCCUUUUACAAAGACGCGCACAAUUAAGAUCUGCGUGCGUGUUGUUGCGCGAUGCGUGGUGUCAUCCCUGCCGAUGACAAGCCGGGGUCGGACGAUACGCGCGCGUGUACGUAACGUAACAUAUAAAAUUUAUCAUUUAUACGCAGUCUUCGUUACGCGAGGCGCAAGGUGACUCGGCGAUCUGCGGACUCAAGUGUAUUAAGAAGUGGAUUCGAACGCGAUAUCGCGUAUACGUCACGCCGCCAAGUGGAAAAUUUUCUUAUAGAGUGACAUUUCGCAUUCGCGACUUCUGAACGUCGAGAUUUUUGUUCGAUGCCACACGCACGAUGAGCCGACGUAGUCGAUUUUGUAAACGAUAUAAAUAAGAGAGCGAGAGAGAGAGAAAGUUAUAUAUAUAUAUACGUAUCAUAUAUGUAUAUAUAUAUAUAGCUCGAAAAAUCCGAGUAUUUGGCGUCUUGAGCCCGGCGUCUUUUCUUACGCAAAUGUACGAGUAAUUGCACACGCCCGAUCCCUGAGUGGAUGAUUUUGAUUUUUGUACAGGCGAUUAAGAUAUAUCUUCGAGAGAUUUCCAUAAUGUAUCGCAAACUCAAAUGCGAGGUAGAAUAUCUGACGGAGGAACACCUCUCGGGUUUCGAGAGCUAUAAGUACAGCUCAUUAGAUACAAGUCCUUUAAGUGUAUAUGUUAUGCACCCCUUUUGGAACAAAGUGGUACAGUAUUGUCCAAAAUGGGUUGCUCCGAAUGUACUAACUUUCUCCGGAUUUCUUUUUACCGUGUUAAACUUUAUGUUAUUUGCGAGUUAUGACUACUACUUCUACGCGUCUAGCGAUGACAAACCGGAAUACCCUCCAAUACCAAGAUGGGUGUUUGCUGUAGCCGCUUGUAACAUUUUUAUGGCAUAUACGCUUGAUGGAAUAGAUGGAAAGCAGGCAAGACGCACACAAACAUCCGGUCCUUUGGGAGAGCUAUUCGAUCACGGACUGGAUAGUUGGACCGCUAUGUUAAUUACAGUUUGCAUGUACUCGGUAUUCGGCAGAACGGAUCACAGUGUCUCACCGUUACGGAUGUACUUUAUACUGUGGAAUGUAUUUAUUAAUUUCUAUUUGAGCCACUGGGAGAAGUACAACACGGGAGUGCUGUUCCUUCCCUGGGGAUACGAUGCUUCCAUGCUAGCAACUAUCAUAGUUUUUACCCUCACCAGCAUAGGCGGGCACGAAGCCUGGAAAUUCGAAUUGCUGGGUGGAAUCUCAGCGGGAAUGAUGUUCGAAAUGUUGUUUUACGUCAGCGCGCUUGUGUCCAACUUGCCAGUUGUUCUUUGGAACAUUUACAAAUCGUACAGAGAUAAAACCGGCAAAAUGCGAACGUUCCCGGAAGCUGUUAGGCCGCUGGUGCCUUCGAUUUUGCUCUUCGCGAUCUCUACCAUCUGGGUCGUGCAUUCUCCUACCAAUAUUAUGGAAAAAGAUCCGAGAAUAAUAUUUAUUGCCAUCGGCACUAUUUUUUCCAAUAUAUGUUGUCGAUUAAUUGUAUCCCAAAUGAGUAAUAUCAGAUGCGAGAUAUUACCGUGGAUACUGUUACCAGUCGCAAUAGGCACCAUUUUCUCUUUUAUCUUGCCUAACCUAGAGCUGGAAUGUAUGUAUUUAGUUUCUGUAAUAGCCUUGUUAGCGCAUAUUCAUUACGGAGCUUGCGUGGUACGUCAAAUGUGCCGUCACUUCCGCAUUCAAACGUUCUCCAUAAAAAAUCAUUCCGACUGACUACUUGCCGACGAUGCGUGUUAAAAACGAAGAGAUUAUUAUAGGCGUAAGAAAAAUACAGAUUGAUAAAAAAACAGAGAAGCAAAUAGGGAGAAGAGAUCUGACACACAUACACACACUUACUUACACACACACACGUACACGGGAGAAUUAAAUCGAUUCCGCAAGAGAAAGGAAGUUCUUCCUCUGUGUCUCUACCAAAGAUCUUCAAGAUUUCAAAUUGAAUCUCGACUUGCUUUUUUGUCAAUUGAUCAGGUUGUCUAUUAUAAAUAAAGCAUAUUAUUGUUUUGCGACUCUAGGUCGCAAACGUCUGAUCGGUAGUCGAUUGGCAAGUCGAUUAAAACAAUUGAAGCAAAAUGACUCUUCUCGAGGAAGAAAAAGAAGUUUCUUUUUUCUCUCACGGAUUUGAUUUAUUGUUUCUCUCGAGUAAAAAAACACGUUUACAAUUAGUGUAAUAAUUACAAAAAAAAGUUAAUUGCCAUGACAAACUUAUCGUGAGAAUUUAACAAAAUUUCUAGCACGUGUCUUUUGCGCGUCACGUUCGCGCGAGUGCGCGAAAA